UCGCAAUGGCUACAAACCGAGGGGUCAAGCAUGUUUCAGCUGUCGUUUACUCCGGGUUUUGUGCUCUGUGUUUUUAGGGGUUGUUCUAAAAGAGGGUGUUUUAUAAUCGCAAAGCGUCUGUAGCUUCUGUUGGCCUCCUGAACUCAACUCUAACUGUAACAGUGCUGUAAGUUUAGUUCAAAAUGAGGACGUCACUGAGGGUGGUUAGGACUUUUGUCCAUUCUUUUACCCCAGCACAGGGUGCCAAGGGGUUUUCAAUGCUGCAGUGCCGCUUAGGAUAUACACAGAAAGCAGUGGGAGAGUGGGCUGUGAUGCCGAGCAGACAUUGCUCGAUGUCGGUGGAAGGCCGGAGUGACCCAUCCAUGCUGAGACACCUAACCUCCAAGAUCACAGCCACUGGACCUAUUACAGUAGCGGAAUACAUGCGAGAGGUUCUCACAAACCCAGUUUCAGGAUAUUAUGUGAAGAAUGAUAUGCUCGGAGCUGAUGGAGAUUUUAUCACGUCACCAGAAAUAAGCCAGAUCUUUGGCGAGCUGAUCGGUGUCUGGUGUGUGAGUGAGUGGAUGGCUGCAGGAAAACCUAAAGCACUUCAGCUCGUAGAACUUGGGCCAGGAAGAGGUUCCCUGACCAGUGACAUCCUCAGGGUUUUCCGUCAGUUGCAGUCGGCUCUAAAUGGGGCAGCAGUGUCCAUCCACCUGGUAGAGGUCAGUCCAAAGUUAAGCCAGGUCCAGGCUGAAUGUCUGACUGGUGAGCGCACUCAGGUGUGUGUCAGUGAUAAAGAGGCAGUGUACCACACCGGCACCUCACACACCGGCCUGCCGAUCGCUUGGUACCGCAGGGUAGAGGACAUCCCCAAAGGCUUCAGUAUAUUCUUGGCCCAUGAGUUUUUUGAUGCUUUACCCAUCCACAAGUUUCAGAGAACAGACAAGGGUUGGAGAGAGGUGAUGGUUGAUAUUGACCCAGAGGAACCAGAAAAGCUGAGAUUUGUGGUUUUCCCUGCUCCUACCCUUGCCUCCACUACACUUAUACAAGCAGAUGACAAGCGAGAGCAUGUGGAGGUUUGCCCAGAAGGUGGAGUCAUUGUUCAGAACCUGGCCAAUCGGAUUGUGGAGGAUGGAGGUGCCGCACUUAUCGCAGACUAUGGGCAUGAUGGGACAAAGAUGGACACUUUCAGAGGCUUCAGGGGCCAUAAACUGCAUGAUGUUCUGCUGGCUCCUGGUACUGCAGAUCUGACCGCAGACGUAGACUUCAGCUAUCUGAGGAGGAUGGCUGGAGGUGACGUCGUCUGUCUGGGACCAAUCACACAGAGAACCUUCUUGAAGAACAUGGGCAUCGAUACACGCUUACAGGUCUUGUUGAGGAACUGCCAUGAUGCCUCUACACGAGCUCAGCUCAUUCAAAGCUAUGACAUGCUGACCAACCUUGAGAAAAUGGGCCAGAGGUUCCAGUUCUUCUCUCUGCUGUCUCGCAGCCGGCUGGCUGAGCCGCAGGAGGAGGGAGAGGGGCUGAAGAGGAGAAAGAAAGGCAGAGUGCCGCUUCCUGUGGCUGGAUUUUCUGAACUUGGCCUGCAGUGAGGGCCACAGCACUCAAAUGGACAAAAGUAUGAAUUAAAACUCAUCAGUUCUCAGAAACUGGACAUGCAUUGGGCAAUAAGUUUCUCCACUGACCGUUUCUGUUUUGGAAAUGUUGCUGUCUCCUGGAGUGCAAACAGAUUUCGGCAAAUGUGAUUUGGAGUUGAAUGUCCAAGUUGUUUCGCCACGUGACUUUAUGGUGAAUAGAGCACUGUGACUGUGCUCGUCUUCCUUAUCUGUGGUGGAGAAAAGUUUUCUUAAAUUAAAUCUGGUUUUAUAAAGGGUUUAAAAAACUUUCUCUUACAGUGCUGCAUACACGAAAGCUUGCAUAAGUUGGGUAACUCAGUUGAUCAGAUUAUGAAAGCAACAUGCUUCUAAAUGGGUGGAAAGCACUACACAAUGCAGGCCUGUGAUGCCCAAGACUGGGCUGAAUAGUAGGCUUCACUGUGUGAUUAAAGUAGAUGUGCUGAAUAAUAAUAAUAAGAAAUGAGUUUGGAGCAAGAAAAUUUUGAGCUGUAUGGAUCAGAAAUAGUAUCUUGUAAUCAAUGCAGACUUCUGGCUACCAAUGUGGUGUAAUUAAACGGGAAUUCUGAUUCCCAUCCCCACCCCCCACCCCCCACUCAAGCUUUGAGAUGUAAUCCAAGGCUUUAAGAGUGGAUAAAUUUGAAAUGAUUCAUUGUAGAGAAAAUUCCCCACUCAUAUUUUUUUACAGUGAUGGUGAUCAGAACCAGGGGUUGCGAUGGUAUUUACAGUGCCAUUUUAUUUGCUAUUCAAAAUGACCAAUGAACCUACACAGGUAUAUACAGGCGUCUCCUCAUUUGUAAUGUUGAUUAUAGUAAAAUAGUGAAAAAAUAAGAUUUCUUUGUAAACUAAUUUUCUUACAACAGCCUCUCCAUGAGUCGACCCUGAGGGAGAAGCGGCUUAGAAAAUGGAUGGAUGGAGGCCAAAACGUUAACUCAAAACUAUCAUCAAACAAUGUCUCUGGAAUCAGGCAAUAUAUUUGGAACCAUUUCAUAGAAUAACUGGCUGUGAGGGGGCUUUUAGUCUCCAACUGAGCAUUUCACAUAAAACUUAAUGAAUUUGUUUAAAUCUAAAUUAUUGAGUUUUUAAUGAUUGAGAAAUUUUGAAAAAUUGGUGGAAUUGUCCUAUAACAGUUAUAGAGUUGAAAAUUUCUCAUUUCUACACAGGUGGAAGAAGGCUGUUCUAGUAAUAUUGUUAGAGAUUCAAUAGUGACAUGUUUUUUUUUUUUAUUAUUUAUAGUUCCACUUAAGUAGGAGGCAAGAUACUUAAUCACUGACAUCUUUACACAGUGCCUUCUUUUACCUGUGUCUGUCACCUGGAUUGGCUAAUACAUAUAGAUGUGUGCCAUCACUCUAACAGUGGACAUUAAUUUCAUGUUUCUGUAUGAACUGCACUCAGUAUCUACAUACUGUACAUCAGUGGGCCUAUAAUGGAGCCUGGUGGGACACCACAUUUUACUUUCAUACAUAUAGAAAAUUUGCUGAUGUAUUUACACAAAUGAGUAGUACGGGACUUUGUGCAGCUGAACACUUUGUUAUAUAUUUGAUAUAUAUCAAAUAUAAAAUCUAUAUUAGGUCCAAAAGGUGAAUUUCAUGGUCAGUGAAGCAAGCUUUCAGCGUCCAUGGCUCAGAUGAAGAGAGACAGUCUAGCUGAGGUGAAGGAGCCCCCGGCUCCGUCUGCUGCGGGUGGAAACCAUUACUGGCCCACGUGGAGUCGCUACAUCUGUUAGUCAUUUAGCUGGAGUAGGGUAGCUCAUGCACACUCACACAUAUGCUUAUUCACUGCCUGCUGGUUUAUGUCCUGACAGCAGCAGCAAACAUAUAUGCUCCUCACUGUUUCAGUAGCAAUUAAAAUAUACAAUUACAGCAGCCUCCCAUCAACAGGGAACUCACAAUCAACAAGCCACAAUGGCCGUUGGGGGUAGGGGUCUCUAGGAAGUCUAUUUAAGUUAAAGUCUAUUUAUUUUAAGGAUGCAGAUUAGUCUCAUGGCUUAAACAAUAACGGCUUGCUUCGUCUGGAGUAAGGAGAAAUUUCUGUAAAUUUGAUUUCUUGCUUGAACCAUUGCUUCCACGUUAGACCAAUAAGUAAAAGAAAUCAGCUUUAAGACCAUUUAAAUAAACUCGAUGCUCUAUUCUGUCACAAAGACUCAACUACAAAGUCAGUUUUGCAUCAAACGUGGAAAACUGGUAGCAAGCCGAGUAAGGCAGGCAAGGCGUCAUUACCCAGCAGUACUGGCUUCUUCCCUACAGUCCUCUGUUCAUUUAACAUGAGGCCCAUUGGGAGCAGCUUGAAGUAACCACAGAGUAGAGCAGUUCUCCACUACAGAGGCUAUGAUCAAGAGUUUCUUCAAGCUUCAGUUUAAAAGACCUUGGCCACAGUCAUAUUGGACCGUUUUAGACCAGUUUAGCCUUAUUUUCUUUUCAUUGCCUUAAUGUUGUGGCAGUCCUCUGGAUAGGGCAAGACACACGGCUCUACUUGUAACUCCAUUUGAAGUCCUGUGCUGUAUGAGUUAUUAGGUCACAGUAAGAAUUCACACCAUUGGCAACGAUGUGUUGAACUGGCUAAAUGCUUAAUUAGCUUCUGUAGCGGUGCUGCAUUAAACUCUAUUAGUGAGAUCUUCUGAAAGCCGCUUUGGAGUGGGCUUCUGUUAGCUGGUGAAUGCCGAAAGCCUGAUGGCUAAUGUUACUGAUGGGAAACUGAAUAUCUUACUGCAGCUGUAAAAUGUCUUUAAGCUAUCGUUACAAUGAAGAGAACGGAUUCAUCAGUGACAGGAACGACUUGGAUAAGGAUGACAAAAAGCUAAAAGCUACAGUUUACUAGUUAACGUUAACUAUAUGUAGAUUUCUUGCCUCAGUUUGCCACUUUUCUUUGGCAGGAAAUGUGAACACGUCUUUGGCCUCAACUUUGAGCUGAAUAAAUUUUCCUUAUGAUUUUGUUUAAUUGUUGCAGUAAGAGUUACACUAACGGAUGUACUGGUUGUAUUUUAUUAGCCUGUAGCUCGGUAGCUAGGCUAGCAGUCAGGACUGGUUGACACCACAGGGAUUACCAUUGGUUGUAUCAGAGUCGGUUCAUGAGGAGCCUGGUCUCUUCUUAUUUCCCCAGUUAUAUCAAAAAACAGGACUGCAACAGUGGGUGCCCACAAGUAAGUCCUCAAAAAUUGUGGUGAAUCGAGCUAAACAAAUAAAAAUGAAAAGUUAAAAUAGUUUUUAAUCACUCGCCCAGAACUUCCCUUUAAUUUUAAAAUGUAGAAGGAUGUAUUUCACUAAAAAAAGCAAGAAUUUACUUGUAUGUUUCCUUUUUUUCUACUGCAGUACAUUAGCUUUACUGCUCCUGAGUGCCGAUUGGUUGGUGAGCGAUGCAGCUCAUUGGCUGUUCAUGCUCACUGAUGUCAUGGCCUUAUAUGAGGCACCAUUUAGACUCAUAUAACUCGAGUUUAAAAGUUCUUAAAAAUCUGACAGCUGUGUUAAAAUGUUUUAUGCUGUUCUGUGUUCAGGAUAGGAUUGUAUUAUUUUGUACUAAAAUUGUUUAAGCAUUUAUAAACUAUGAUUUUGCUCAAAUGCGGCAUCUUAACCCAUUCAGUUUGGACUCUAUAAGAGUUUUAGAAACCCGGGAGACAUGCAGAGAGAGAGACUUACAGAGUGGUAAUUCUCCUCUCUACAAGUUCUCUGGUUGUAUGAUCUAAUUGCAGAAUGCAUGCUGGGUACUUUAGUGAGAAAACAUUGAUGAGAGAAAACAUGAAAAUUAUAUAAAUGGUGAAAUCUCCCAAAACAGAUGCACUCCAGAACACUGUGUAACACAACAAACAACAUUAAAGGCACAUAUCCUUA